GUUCCCCCAUGGUGAUCCCCUUGAGAGAUACGUGUUUCAGUAUGCGCGCACCAGUCAAUGGCCGUCACGAGUGGUUUUGCUCAGCGCUCAAACUGUCAUGACGUUGUCCACGGGCAAGUGGAGCCGCCGAGGUCUUCCGCAGCUUCCACUCAACAAACAUGCAACGGCCCAAGCAGGCGCCAUGCGUCACUUCCAGCGGGUGAUACUGCUAGCCUGCCGAUGGUGCACCUGGGUGCUUCAUUAUUAGACUUUCCCUUUCUCUCCCCGUCCGCUCGCUGCAAACAAAAACAGUCCUGUCGCUUGUUCCUGUGCCGGUUUCCUUUUUCCUCGGGUUUUAGCAGUUGUUAUUUACGGUAGCUGUUUGCCCACAUUCUAAAAGACAGCUGCCAUGGUGCCUUCGUUAUCUGCCGUCGCCGGCCUGGGCAACAUUGCCCUGCCGCUCCUCUCGCUAUUACAACUCGUCCUCGCUCAAUCAUCGAUAUCGCUGUCGCCCUCGUCCAGUGCUCCCGAUGGCGCCUCAGAGUACCUCGAUGCGUCGUUUGCAGGGUUCGGCAUUGAGCCCUCGAACCUUUUCUCCUUCACCGGCGGCGACACACCCAACCAAUUGUCAAUAAAGCUCCUACAGAACCUCGCAGACUACUCGGGCGCGCCGCCACACAUUCGGUUAGGAGGCAACACACAAGAUUACAUGUUAUACGAAUCAAACUACACAGACAUUGCGUGGGAGAAGAACCCUAGCUCGACGGCGCAGGGCAACGUUGCCGCCGACUCGAUGAUCAUCGGACCUGGGUAUUUCGAGGCCUUGAACCGCUUCCCCAAGGAUACACCCGUCACAUAUGGCCUCAAUCUGGCGUACAUGGAGGACGAUUGGGAGGACCGCAUUGUGGCUGCUGCCCAGGGUGCCGUCUCUGGCAUGACCAACGUCAAGCUGUACUCGUUCGAGGUUGGGAACGAGCCCGACCUGUGGCUACAGAACACCUUCCGUACUGCACCCUGGAAUGGGCAGGUAUACACAACACAGUUCCUCGACCGCGCCGAAGCCGUCUACACCCGUGUGCUGCAGCCAGCGGGCCUGCCGUCGUCUUUUUUCGAGCCCCCUGCGACCGCCUCCACCAUUGGCACGACCUUCGAAAUCUCACAAUUGGUCAGCGAUGGCAUGAUGGAGGGCAGGAACGGCGACAACUACGUGACUGUAUGGAAUCAGCACGACUACUUCUAUUUCAUUGGCGUUACAAAGACACCCAUCACUCUUAAUGACCUUAUGCAAUUCGACCAAACUAAUACUCAAUUCGCGUACUGGGAGAAGCAGGUCAAGAUUGGCCUCAAGACCGGCCUGCCGUACGUCUUGCGUGAGAUGAGUUCCAUUGGACCCAUUGGUAUGCCUGGUGUUUCUGACGCCUUCGGUGCCUCUCUCUGGACCCUCAACUUCUUCCUCUACGCCGCCUCCCUCGACAUCUCUUCCGUGCAGAUGCACAUGACCGAUAACUCCAAUGCUAGCGCGUGGCAACCUAUCACCCUGUACGGCCGUGAUCCUUUCGUUCGAACACUUUACUACGCCCACGCCGCUAUGGCUCAGAUCGUCGGCAACGGCAACGGAACCACUCAGAUCGCCAGUAUGAGCACCAGUAAUGUUGGUUCUUCGUACGAUGGCCGCAUUCGCGCUUACUCUAUGUACGCCCACGAUAACCUGCAAGCUGUCAUUAUGCUCAAUGGUAAGCAAGCCAACGAGUCUCAGUCCGACAAGGGCAGCUUCACAUUCAACGUCAACUUUGGUUCUUCCAACGCCAACAAAGACGUCUACCUCUCCUACCUGACCGCUGACGGUGCCGACUCCCAAACUGGAGCCACCUGGAACGGCAUGACCUACUCUGACACUACCGGCGAGUCGAGCGUUGUCGACAGCACAGUUCACACUAUCACCCUCGACGGCUCUGGCAAGGCCGCCAUCCCCGUUCGCGACUCGCAAGCCGUUGUAGCCAACAUCGGCUGGCAAAUAGGCAGCACCGCAGUCCUGAAGAGUGAUGGCAGUACAGCGAGGAAAAGUAACGCUGGUCUCCGCAACACUCCCACCGCCUUCACUGCUGUGUGCGCCAUGAUCGCCACCACUUUUGCCCUCGUGGCCUCCAGCGCCUAGACCUAGAAUCUUAAUUAGAGAUCGUACAUUUUCUUUUGUUAUUGCAUGACUGGGUACAGGCUAUAAGCAUAUGACGGCGUUACUUUGGGAAGCAUGUUUGCAUCUACUUAAUUGUUAGCCUCCAGUUGGAGAUGGCCACGACAAGACUUUUCAUUUUUGUGCGACAUCUGGAUACACGCCCAUGGCGUAGUAUGGUAUGACGUAUUUGGAUACAUACGUAUAUACAGAAUUACGCAUGUUCAUACUCCAAUCACUAUUGCCCAUACCUUGAGGAAGUGCAUGUGCAAUUGUAUUGAACUAUCAGUAUGACGUACAAGACGGGAAUUUCAAGGCAAUUUCCC